GGGUCCAUUCUAACUUAUGCCCCUCCCCCAUGCAAUGGACCACGCACACCACAGCGGAAUGAACCACAGCAGCAUGGCGAUGGAUCACAGUGGGAUGGACCACAGUGGGAUGGACCACAGCGCCAUGGACCACAGCGCCAUGGACCACAGCAAGAUGGACCACAGCACCGGGAAGAUGGGUCACCAUAUGAUGGCGAUGACCUUCAACUUCGAAUACACCAACGUGGAGCUCCUCUUCUCCGGAUUGGUCAUCAACUCAGCAGGAGCGAUGGCGGGGGCCUGCGUGGUUGUGUUCUUAUUGGCUCUGCUGUACGAGGGGCUGAAGAUCGGUCGCGAGGCGUUGCUCCGGCGCAGUCAGGUCAACGUCCGCUACAACUCCAUGCCGGUCCCUGGAGGGGAGGGGACGGUGCUGGUGGAGACCCACAAGACUGUCGGCCAGCGGAUGCUGAGUGUGCCUCACCUGGUCCAGACGCUGCUGCACGUGCUCCAGGUCAGCGUGUCCUACCUGCUCAUGCUGAUCUUCAUGACCUACAACGGCUUCCUGUGCAUCGCCGUGGCCCUCGGCGCGGGAGCCGGAUACUUCCUGUUCAGCUGGCGCAAAGCGGUGGUCGUCGACAUCACGGAGCACUGUCACUAACCCCUGGCUGUCACUAGCGGCUAACUAGCAGCUUGCGGUCAAUAACCGCUAGCUAGCUGUCACUAGAGGUUUUACUAGCUGCUAGGGCAUUUUUAUUUUGUUAAAUUUUUGGUUGAUUUUCUUUUUAAUCGUCUGAUUUUAAAAUUAUAAAAGUAGUUACCUGUGCAAUACCAUCACAGCAGCUAUAGUGUGUUAUAGCUAGCAAGCUAGUUUAAACUACUGUAGGCCUGUUAUGGCUAGCAAGCUGAAAGUAGUUGAACUUGUUAGCUGGUUUAGCAAGAAUCAACCUCUAUGUAGCUGGUAACUGUUAUAGCAGGCUAGUUAGCCUGAUAUGGUUACAUUAACAGUUGGCCAAUCAAGAGAAGUGGGGACAUUGGUUGUCUGUCUGUUUACACCAAUCAGCUAGCAAAUGUAGCCAGCUAGCAUUAGCAUGGCAGCUGAUGAUUUAUAGCAUUUAGUUUGAAGGGACAAUCAUGAACUAAACAUGUGGAGGCUAGUGGAGUAGUAGGUGCUAUUGAUGAAUGAUUUGAUUAACAUUUUACAUUUAUUUUAAACACUAACAUUUAAAUCCACAUAUAUAUAUUGAUGUUAUAAAUGCUGAAGCUUUGCCAUGCUAGUAAUUGAACAAGCUGGCUGCGAUGUUGGUAAUCGAGCUGACAUCUUAUUCAGGCCUUAUUCAGGCCUAUUUCAGAGCAGGUACAUUUACAUUUAAAGCUGUCGACAGGUUUGAGGAAUAACAAUCAACCUACACCUUAAAAUGAUUUGCCAAUUUUAGCGCCAAAUCAUGUCAAAUUUAGCCAGAAAAUGGCAAUCUGUGUUUUGCCAACACACACCAUACCAAACUACUAGCAUUUGAUAUCCCUUAGUCGUAGCAAGUUGUUUUUUUCUUUUCUUAUAGGAUGCAACACUAAAUCGCCUUAAUAUUAAAUAAUAUUAAAAAUAACAUUUAACAAAUGUGCAAAUUGUGUCUUAAAGAAAACAUGAAGAAAGUAAACGCAGCAGGGUGUCACACCGUUGUUUAAGUAUAUCUCUCUAUAUAUAUAUAUAUUUAGAGUUGUAUUGUUGAAGUGAAGGAGAGGGGUGGCUAAAUGUCAAAACAGGAACUGAUUCAGGCAACCAGUAAAACAUGAAGUAUAACACAUAAAUGGUGCGUUUGGUUUGUUUUCUAACUCAACAGCGGACUCUGGCUGCUGGUUACUAAUGCCAUUGAGUUAUACAAAUGAAAUCAGAUGUCUGUUCUUUAGAAAAGUCAAAAUGUAUUUUCUUUUUGUACAAAAUAAUUCUUAAUAUAAAAUGGUAGUUGAUGUUGAUAAAAAUCUCGUAUGAGCAAAGUUUUAGUAAAAUGUCGAUUUAGAAGAAUACUGAAUAUUGUGGAGUAUGUAAAUGUUUAUCAAAAAAUAAAGAU